AUGCCGCCUCCCAAGUCUGUGCCCACUGUCUUCUAUGCUCACGAUAAAUCCCAUGCGGAGGAGCACAACGGGCCUCGUACUAGUAUUGAGGGGAAUGGUGAUGACGAAGAAGAAGAGCUCAUCCCAAAAAUUAUCUCUGACCUCGUGGAUUAUGCGAGUUCCGAAGACGAAGUCGAUUCUCCUGGGCCUGUUAAAACUGAACAGGACCCUAAACCUGAGAAGCGCGCUCUCUCCCCAGAAGAAGAGAGUGAAGAAGAAGCUGCAGGUCCAAAGGCAGCUCCUCCAGCCAAGCGCCAGCGUCGCUCGCAAGUGAACAGUUCAGUCCCACCCCGUCGUUCUAAGCGUGUCGUAUCCACUGCUAGCCUUCAGGAUGAAGACACAUCUGGUGUGAAGAAGGAGAAGCCUGUUGCUGCAAAGAGAGGUCGUGGCCGCCCUCCAGCCAAGACCAGAGUGACCAAAACUGAAACAGCCUCAAAGAGAAGCCCUCCUGCCAGAAAGAAGGCUACGCGUGCCGAGUCUACUACCGAAUGGGAGGUUGAGAAAAUCAUUGAUUCGCGGGUUGACGCUGAUUCCAAGGUACUCUACUACCAGGUCAAGUGGAAGGGUUUUGGCAACAAGGAGAACACUUGGGAGCCUAAGAAGAAUCUGGGCAAAUGCAGCAAGCUCAUCAAGGCUUUUGAGAAUGAGCAGUGA